AUGUCAACACCCCCAGUUCUUUCUAAGGCUACAGGGACAUGUAGUGAAUAUGUGUCGGCAUGCAUUGGCGACACUCAAACCAUCCUCUUCUACACGUCAUUAGUUCUUAUUGCCUUCGGCAUGUGUGGCAAUUUUUCAUUAGCGUCAUUCAUGAUAGAACAGAUGCCAACUGAAGCAGGAGGACACGUAGAGGCACCCCCAAAAGAGAUUGCCUCCUUUAUUCUCUCCGUCUUUGCAAUGACACUUCUCCCAGGGCUUUGGGUUUUCGCUCUUUCUUAUAUUAAAAAUUGGUCGAUUCUGUUUGGGAUCCCAGCCAUUUGUGCACUGGUAUCUACACUUUUGUUCCUCAGUGGAACCUCUUCUUACAUUCGUGUCAAACCACAAAGAAACUCCCUCCAUCGUGCUUUGGCUUCUAAGAUUACUCUAAGAAUGGUUCCUGUAUUGAUGAUCGUCAUUGUUUGUGGUGUUGUGUUGGGCAUUGGAAACACUUUUUUUCUUGAGCAACUAAACCACAUGAAUCAUAUGCUGGGACACCUAAAAUUCCCUUUUACACUCUUUCUAUAUUGGUACUAUAUUUCAAGUUCGACCAAUUUCUACAAUACAUUAAGGUCCAUAUUGGGUGAGACAAGACGUAAGUAUGCUGCACCAGUUGGAAUUGGAAUUGGAAUGAUCUUAUCCAUCUUAUGUUGCAUAACUGCAGCAAAAGUAGAGGUUAGAAGGAUAGAUGUUAUCGAAAGACAUGGUUUAGUAGAGAAGCCUUAUGACACAAUUCCUAUGACCAUCUUCUGGUUGGUUCCACAGUUUGUCUUGCUAGGGGCCUUCGAUGGGUUUGCUCGACAGGGUUUCCAAUAUUUCUUCUGUGAUCAGGUCCCUGUCUCUAUAAAGGCCUAUAUGAACUCAUUCGUGGAGGCAGUGUUUGGAUUAGGCAUCAUUUGUAGUAUCCUUUUUGUUUAUGUGACGGACAAGGUUAGUGAGAAGGGUGGGCGACAAGGGUGGUUUCAAUAUACCCUUAAUAAAAGUCGCCUUGAUAAUUACUAUUGGACAUUGGCAGCAUUGAGUAGUAUCACCCUUGUUCUCUUUCUUGUCAUUGCCUGUUGCCACUCAUACAAGGAUGGUGAAAUUGAAGAUGAACAACUGGAAGUUUGA